GCAAUGGCUCACAGCUUCACUCAGGAGUAUUUUCAGAUCCCCGUGGUGACCCGAGCGUACACAACCGCCUGCGUCCUCACCACCGCUGCUGUGCAACUUGAGGUCAUCACCCCCUUUCAGCUCUACUUUAAUCCAGACCUCAUCAUCAGAAGAUACCAGGUAUGGCGCCUGAUAACCAGCUUCCUCUUCUUUGGUUCUCUUGGAUUCAGUUUUGUGUUCAACAUCAUCUUUCUGUAUCGAUACUGUCGGAUGCUGGAGGAAGGCUGUUUCCGGGGAAGGACGGCAGAUUUUGUUUUUAUGUUCCUGUUUGGUGGAAUCGUGAUGACUCUGUUCGGUCUGGUCGCCAACGUCUUCUUCCUGGGUCAGGCCUUCAUCAUCAUGCUGGUGUACGUGUGGAGUAGAAGACAUCCGCUCAUACGCAUGAACUUCUUUGGCCUCCUAAGCUUCCAGGCCCCGUUUCUCCCCUGGGUGCUCAUGGGAUUUUCGCUGCUGCUCGGAAACUCCAUUGUGGUCGACCUCCUGGGUAUCAGCGUCGGGCACAUGUACUACUUCCUGGAAGACGUGUUUCCAAACCAGCCGGGAGGACGGAAGCUGCUGAUGACACCAGAACUUCUGAGGGCCAUGUUUGACCGGCCGGACGACGCAGACUACCGUCCCCUCCAUGCAGAGCAGCAGGGUGGAGAUCUGCAGCAGGAUGAAUAACAGCACCAACGCCUCCAACGUUAGGAGAAACCAGCUGACAGAAACACAAGACAGGACAGUCAGAGGAUGUGGAUUUGUGGAGCCCAAAGUCCUCACAGAAGACAAUUGAGAUGUAUAAGAACUUUUUUUUAUAGCAUGUUUUUUAAGCGUGUUAACUUUAACUCUGCAGCGUUCAUUUGCAUUAAUGACAACACAUUAGAACAGAAAUGGCCAAAAAAGCAAGUCUGAAUCAUUUACUGAGAAGGCUGUGCUCCAGUUUGUUUAGGACAAAAACCACAAUUUGAAGAAGCAAUGGCAAAUGAGCCCAAAAUGCAAAGGAUUAUGGGUACAAGGAAGACAGACGGUUUCUUUUUCUUGGAAAGUGGAGCAGAUUUAAAGGUGCCUGUGGAGUGUUCGACCAUUUCCUAACAGAGCAGCCUUUUCACAAAUGUUGUUCAUCAGUAAGCUCUGCAGAUGGUUUAGGAUGAAGGAAGUGCACUCAGCACAUUUGUUCACCUCCAGGAUGCACCGACUGUAAACACAAACAAGGUCUGUUUACAAGAGGACUCCACAGAGCACCUUUAAGAUCCACCUACUAGCCUUUUUUGAGCUUUCAAUCGUAUCUCAUGGUCUUUAUCAGGGUCACCACAGAAUAACAGGCGAUCAAAUACAAAAGGAAAUGAUAGCCUCUGUUUACAAGGACUGUGAGAUGCUUUGGAAUGCAUUAAAAGCUAGUAUGCAGACCUUUAAAUUGAGAUUAUUCUGUUGCAUGUACUGUUUAAGGUCUGAAAUCAGAAAUCAACAUCCUCCAACUGUGUAAAAGAAGUAAAAGGACCAUUGCCUUUUAUACUCUGAAACUGGAAAAAUCUUGGAUUCUGACCACAGCUUGGCUUUCCUAGUGUUAACAUGUCCAAAUAUGUAAACUUGGUGUUUGUAUGUUACUUAGGAAGAGCUGAAAGGAGCAGGACUGACCUGUAACUCCCUUCCCUGCUGUUGUUCACAGAUUUGCCGACGGCCUGAAAUCCCAUCAGGCCCGUCUGCACACUCUGCACUUUCACCCGCUGCCUUUGUGGGUCAAACACUGGGGACAAAAUGGAAACUGCUUAGCACAACAACACGCAAACAAGUCUCUGUGGGACCCCAACAACAAAACACAGCCUUCGUCAUCCCUUAUAAAGCAGCGCUGCUCAUAAACAUUAGUCACAACUGGGGUUAGACUGAUGUGGGUCAACAUCAAGGAAUUAAUUCUGCGUUUUCAGACAUUCAACCCGAGUCUUUUUCAUUUCUCUUGUCAGGGUGGAAAAGGAGCAUGUACAGUAGGAUUAUUAUGGGACAGGCUUUGAGGGUGCACUUGGGCACAACAGUGUUUUUUUAAUCUAUAUGGUAACACUGGCAUGCUAACAUGCUAAUGCUAAGCAGGUAUAAUGUUUACAAUUGUUGUACUUCAAUGGUGAACCUGGUAGCACAGCCUGUUGGCAUAAUAACAUUUGCUAAUUAACUCAAUUCAAAGUGCAGCAGAGGCUGAUGGGAAUGUUGUUAGUUUUGCACCAAAGCAUUGCAAAAAAUUAAGUUUUGAUCUGAUGAUGGCGCAAGACGAAAAGUCAGAGGACCACAGGAGCUAAUAAAAUUUAUCCUGAAGGGAACGCAAACGUCUGUGCCAAAUUUCAUUGCAAUGCAUCUAAUAGCUGUUGAGACAUUUAACCACAAACGUCAACCACAUUAGAGGAAAAAGUCAGGGGACCUCCAAAGUCAGAUGCCUCCAUCCUCUGGGGACCAUGAAUGUCUGGGCAAAACUUCAGAGUAAUCCAUUUAAGAAUUGUAGAGAUAUUUUAAUCUGUACAAAAGUUGUGGACCACCACACCACACAGAUCGCUAAAAAGACAACAAGCAUACUGUACACUCAUUUUUCAAACAUUAAAAAAAAUAACAAAGCAUUGCUUCAUUUUCCACACAACCACCUUUGGCUGAGUGUAAAUGCACAAACACCAGGCCACAGACAAGAUUUAUUUUUGUUGUUUCGUCCAGUCGGCUGCAGCUGAGGAAAUUUGCCACUUUAAACUCUCACUUGCUACAGCUUGUUUUGACACAGUUAAUUGUGCAAGCCGUAAUUAUAACUGAGAUCCCGGGAUUUCAAAAUUGCACUCUUUCAAAUAACAAGUUUGACAUUUAAAUGAUUAACUGGUUAGCCCUAAAACUGAACAUUAGUACAAAUAAGUGUGUAAAAAGAGUCACAAACCUGGUCAAAACAACAUCACCAGUCAUUCACCUGUCUAUACUGAAAUACUUCGUUCAAUAACUCUUUAAAUGAUGCACAAUAUAACCAGAUGGGGAAAUCAAGCUUUCACUUUUUUUUUUUUAUUUUGUAAGAAUUAUUAAAAUGUACAAAAAGACAACAAAUACAACAUAACAA